AUGUGCCAGUAUCAACAUGUAAACACACUCAGCUGGAGCAGACACCCGAGGACACUCAACUGCUGCAGCCACACAUCUGAGUGCAUCACCGAGCUUGCCCUCAGUCCACAGUUGCUGUUGAGACGUGGCCGAGGGUCCUUCGCCUCCAUCUUCCAACGCCAGAUUCUGAAGUAUCCAUGUAACGCCCAGCAGUUUUGAAAGGAAAGUCCAAUUGUUCUGCCAUCAGCUCGCGUCCCGUCGGUACUGCAGUAUUGAAGAUUUGUUCGUAGUGAGAAUUUGGCUUCAAGUUAUCGCUGCGAGUAUAAUAUAUCAAGUGACACAAGCGACAACAAAUUUCGUGAAAUAAUAAAUUUCGGAUUUAGAAACUUGUCCCCAGCGUUCAUCAUCUUGCUGGAUGGUCAGCAGUGAGAGAAAGAGGCAGCACAACACCGGUCCCUGUUGCAAGAUUUUGACCCGAAGUUUCCACGCUGAAGAUCGAGGUGGAGGCCGAGGCCAGAAUGCGGCAGCAGAAUGUUCGGACUCUGUCGCUGGUGGUGUGCACCUUCACCUACCUCCUGAUCGGUGCCGCCGUGUUCGAUGCCCUCGAGUCCGACACCGAAGCCGAGAGACUACGGAUUAUUGAAAGCGUCCGGAAGCAGUUACAAGGCAAAUACAACAUAAGCGGGUCCGAGUACAAGCUGAUAGAGACGGUAAUCAUUGAGAACCAGCCACACAAGGCUGGACCCCAGUGGAAGUUCGCGGGAGCCUUGUACUUCGUGACAGUGGUCGUCGCCAUGAUUGGCUACGGUCACUCCACUCCUGAGACUGUAGGAGGGAAGGCUUUCUGUAUCGUGUACGCUGUGGUCGGCAUCCCCCUGGGGAUGGUCAUGUUCCAGUCCAUUGGUGAACGACUCAACAAGUUCACCUCCAUCAUUAUCAAGAAGAUGAAGAAGAUGCUGGGGUGCGCGACGACGGAGGCGACGGACGUGAACCAGCUGUGUGUAACGGGUACCCUCUCCUCUAUCGUUAUGACCGCCGGCGCCGCCGUCUUCUCCCACUACGAGAACUGGAACUACAUCGACGCCUUCUACUACUGCUUCAUUACCCUCACCACUAUCGGCUUCGGCGACUUCGUAGCCCUCCAGAAGGAUAACGCCCUCACCACCAAGCCUGGCUACGUGGCUCUCUCACUCGUCUUCAUCCUCUUCGGCCUCACCGUCGUCGCCGCCUCCAUCAACCUGCUCGUCCUCCGCUUCAUGACCAUGAACACGGAGGAUGUGAAGGCCGGGGACUACGAGAUGCAGGACGCCUCACAGUCGGUGGUGACUCUUGACGGAGAGCUGAUGGCCAUCAACGGGAAGCUCCUGGCGGGGACACACGACUCUGAGGGCCGGGAGGGACGCGUCGGGUCCUUCACCAGCGUCGCCACCGUCUGCUCCUGCACCUGCUACCCCAAGCCACACCACAGCCCCAUCCACACCUCCCACCGCUACUCCGUUGUCAGGUCACCGUCAAGGAUCUCCAACCUGUUGCUGGAGCAAGGGUCGGGGUACAAGGGCGGCCCCCACCAAGGCGACCAGUUCCCGCCUCUCCUUCACGACUCCUUCAUGGUAGCCAACUACCUCAAGACUAAGCGCUCUUCCGUUUGAAUCACCAGCUGACGAGGGAUGACACCAGCCGACGAGAGGUGACACCAGCUGACGAGCGGUGACAAAAGCUGACGAGAGGGUGACACCGGGUUGACGCGCGAUGACAACUGGUAAAGUGACAGUAACAGGUGACCGCCUGUCUAGGUGACGGAUCAAUAACGGACCUGUGACGAGAUGUGACGGUAGGGAGGGUGUGGUGACGGGGUCUGUAACACAUAUAUACCAUAGAAAGCGGCAGCGUACAGAGUAUACUACAGGAAUAUGUGUCGUUAAGUUACCGGACGUAACUCCCAAGUAACAGGAGAGUGGCAACAAGCAACAGAAGUGACAACGUCACGUAACGGGUAACUGAUUGCCUAAAUUACGAACAACAGGAACAACGGAGAGCAACAGCGUCCUCUUCUGAGUGGCGCUUAGCAGCCUAACGGGCUAGUAUAAACGGCAGACAACGGAUAAACGAGAAAUAACAGAAAAACAUAAAAUACCGUUGGCAGUGACUAAUAUAGGACACACGACAAAAAUAUAUAUAAUAUUGACUUUCUGAAUACUCUACUAUAGGCUUCCUGAACGUGACUAUAGUAUUGACAGAAGAAAUGUAUUAAAAAAACGCAUUCAGUACAGCCAGAAGUCAGUAUUGUAUAGUAUUCAAGUACGUAUAUUGAGAUAAUAAGAUACAUCUCAAAAAAAAUGAUAGAGUAGCAUAGGCUAUUUCUCACCCUCUUACAUUGUACAGUAUGGGUCUUAACUAGCGGAACUAUAGCCAGAAUUGAUACUGGAAUCAACAGAAGUAUUGCCAAAAUUGAUACUGGAUUAAUAGCAGUAUUACCAGAAUUGAUAAUGUAUCAACAGCAGUAUUGCCAGAAUUGAUACUGGAUCAACAGCAGUCUUAUCAGAAAUGAUUAAUGAAUUGAAUCAUACAACGAUGUUCCAAGUAGUUUGUCUUAUAUUAUAUAACAACUAGCAACAGUGUUACCAAAAGUGAGUAAUGUAUUUAGAAUCAACGACAGUAUUGCCAGAAGUGAUCUUUGCAUUUUGACACGACAAAACGAUUCAUACAUUUGAACUUCCUAGCAGUAUUACCAAAAGAUUGUGAUACUUUGCCUCAGUAGCAGUAAUGCCAGGGUAAACCCAUCGUAUUUUGGUUUACCUUCGCAGGUAUAUUUCUAGAAGAGAAUAUCGUAUUUUGACUGAAGUGGGAAGAAGUAUUACCGAACGAGAAUACUGUAGUUUGCCUUCUUAACUAGCAGCAGUAUUACCAAUGUUCAACAUUAUAUUCCUUCAUGGCGGUAUUAACUGGAAUUUAUCAGUAAAUUUUUAUUCAUCUAAAUCGUUGUUACCUGAAGAAGUUAUUGCAUUUUUUAUUCAACAAUACAGUAGUCAGAGGGAAUGACUGUAUUAGAUGUAGGAUGACUGUAUAGAAUGCAUUUUGCAUAAACAACAUUGUUGCCAAAAACGUGAACUCGCAGUUAAAUAUAUCUUUAGGUAAAAUGUAUAUAAAGUCUGUGUAUGGAACUUGAGAAGCAAAUAAUUAUCAAUGCUGAAAUAUUGACGCUAUACUGCAAGCGACAAUGAAGGAUGGUGAUUGUUGAUGUCGAGAGCGACAUAUUGAAGAUGGUGACUGUGACGACGAUAGUGACAACUAGGAUGAUGAUGGUGGUGAUAACGACACAUUACUAUUAACAUCUUUAUUGACAAAAACAUAACAUUUUGCCUCAUCUGAGUAAUUCAACUAGGCCGUGUUACAGUGAGGUGCUGCUCAUCUUCGCUGUCACACAGGCCAUAGGACCAUACACUAGACAACAGGCCUAAAUUGUAGACUGAAACUCAUACAUGUUUUUAUGAGGUAACAUGCUAUACUGCUGAGGAGAAUGACAACUGUAUGCAGGCGAUGAGUCACAAUAACGUGGCUAAAGUAUGAUGACCAGACCACACACUAGAAUGUGAAGGGACGACGACGUUUCGGUCCGUCCUGGACCAUCCUGGACUGGAUGGUUUCGGUCCGUCCUGGACUGACAACUGUAUCAUGUAUCCCCACACACAUCCCCCUCUAACCUGCCACUUUUCACGGUGGGUGACGUCGCCCGCGUCAAGUUCAAGUACGUUUAUUGAGAAAAGAAAGUACAUCUCAAAGGGAUAAAGUAGCUUAGGCUAUUUCAACCUCUCCCCGCCCCGUCGUUAACGUGUGCGCAGAGUCGCUAAUGAAAAUCAUUUUUGCGCAUGACGCUAUGAAUUAUUUCACAUAAUAAUUUAUUAAGAAGAUAUGUGCCAAAUUUGGCUUUGCGCUUUCAUGAU